GUCUAGAUGCAGAGCUGUACUAUGUGCGGGAUGACGUGGUGAACCACUAUGCUCUCUCCUUCAUCCUGCCUGUAUCCAGCGAGACCAACAGCCUGCACUUCACCUGGCGCUCCAAGGACAAGGUUGAUUACAGGAUGGGUUUCCACGUAGACAACCCUGCAGCUAUGAACCAACCACAGAGCAACAUCUCUAACCAAGGGGAGGUGCCUCGCACAGCCUCAGUGUUCAGAGUGGACCUGUUCUGCUCAGGAAAGGUGGACGGGGAAGCGGUUCUGACGGUACAACUCAACCUCACCAUCCAUUCCAACAACUUCACAGUGCUCAACUUCAAGAGGAGGAAAAUAUGUCACAAACGAAUAGAUCCUGAUCUGAAGAUGCCUCCCGUCUCCAACAAUAAGACUGUUCCGCGGCCAGAGAAUGGAGUGUCCAUUCCUACCACGCCACCAGGGUGUUCUAUAAUCAGUGUUUCGGGGUCAUCUGCGCUGGUCAUCUUCCUGGUAGCCAUCGUUCUGGCUGUUAUUGUUUCAGACAGUGGCAGUUCCCAGGGCCUGUCCCAGCCGUCCACCCAGACCACCCAGUACCUGAGAGCUGACACACCCAACAACGCCAGUGCUGUCACCAACCAUCACCCUGGCACUGCACCCAUUCUCCAGCUUGCUGCCGCCACCUUCCCAAACCCUGGUGCCCCCGUCCAUGAAACCAGAAACCAUCACCCUGGCACUGCACCCAUUCUCCAGCUUGCUGCCGCCACCUUCCCAAACCCUGGUGCCCCCGUCCAUGAAACCAGAAACGUUUUCCAAAAUGGGAUGUUUCUCACAACGUCCACCGUGGGGGAUGAGAGGAGUACCAAGAUAGGAGGCACGGUGGACAUUCAGAUCACAGCCGGAACGGAACCCCUUUCUGUCAUCUAA